AUGCCCGCAUCCACUGUCGCUGGCGCUGCGAGCGCGAUGCGCUGCACGGCGGGAACUCGCACGGCGAAGGUCCAGGGCCUCGCGUUCCGCAGGGUCUCCGCGCGCAGCCCCCUGUGCCGUCCGCGGAAGCUGCGGGCUCCGGCGCCCGCCCGACGGUGCCGUGCCGGUCGCGGGCCAGUGUGGGUCGCGGCCUCUGCCGCGCAGCCGGACUACUACGCGAUGCUGGGGGUCCAGCCGAGCGCGACGCUCAAGGAGGUGAAGCAGGCGUUCAAGAAGAAGGCGCUGAAGCUGCAUCCUGACGUGAACAAGGCUCCGGACGCACAGGAGAGGUUCCUGGAGAUGAAGGAGGCGUAUUCCGUUCUGUCUGACACGGAGAAGCGACGACAGUACGACUUCCUGCGCAACGGAGGUAUCGGGGCGGACUGGGGCACCAGCGGAGUCAAGGGUGACCAGUGGGGAGGCUUCAAGAAGGAAGAGGAGGAGUUUUACGGCCUGGACGACUUCUUCCGCGACUUGGACGAGGAGUACAAGGCAUACAGGUCGCGGCGGGGAGCGCCCAAGUCCCUGUGGGAGGAGCUGGGCGCCCUCGGUGAAGAGUUCGUCGAGUUUCUGGAGCAGGAGAGCGGCAUAGCGGACCCGAGCAAGUCGAACGGGCGCGGGCGCGCACAGUCUGGGCCGCGCGCAGGCAGCGGGAGCGCGCGCGCGUCGCAGGAGCCGCCCAGGCGCCCGCCGCCGCCGCCCCCGCCGCCGCCGAAGAAGAAGUCGAUGGACGUGGACGACGAGCUCGCGGCGCUGAAGAAGAAGCUCGGCAUGUGA